ACCAAAGUGCUAAAUGUCACAAGUCAUCAAAAAUACUGUGUAUGAAAAUAUUUAUGAUGAAUCUAAACAACUAAAUGAAGAGGAAAGUUUCCUUUCUAAAGUUGAAUUAUUUGCGCGCGAUCGAGGGUUUGUAAAGUCUACUUGCAUAGAAAAAACAAGACGCAGGAUUAACAUGAUUGGGCGUAUAGGAUCAGCGUUGAAGCAAUUCCAAAAGUAACGAGAAAGCCAAUAUCUCUUUUUGAAUUAUAUAGGAAAGUAAAGAAGCAAGGUGGUUAUGAUGCCGUAAAUAAUAUGCAAAAUGGAUGGUCUGACCUCGCUGGGGAAUUUCGCCAAUUAGAUCCAACUAGGGCUCCCAAAAGUCUAGAAAAUAUAUAUUUUAAAAACUUGAUUGCAUGGGAAAUGUUUGAUAUGUGGCAUUUGCAAUGUCCUCCUCCACAUCUUUUAGAACAAACUUUGAAUAGAAACAAUAUUCUUCAACGAGUUAGAACAUUCAACACUUCACCCUCUUUUACUCCAAGCGAUACGUUAGAAGUUGCAGAUGUCAAGAACUUAAAUAAGCUGCAAAAUUUUUAUAAAAGCGUUCGUCCACCAUCUCCCGUUACGCUUGAACGACGCGCCGAAGAAGCACUAAAUUCGAGUUAUCGACCUCUACCCAAUGCAGCAAAUUUUUCCAAUACAACUUUUCCAAUUAUCCCUAUUCAUCCUUUACCUGUAAAUUCUCCUUUACAGCAACAAGUUGAUCGAACUUCAGGAAUAACGAAUACAAUUGAAGAAUCAUUAGGUCAAGGCCUACCUGGGCCUCCUCUAUUGAUUCGCAUGGCUUUAGCUUUGAAAUCAAGACAAGAAGAUGAAGUAGAUUGGGCAGUAUGUCAUUUAGUAAAAAUAUCGUUUGAAAGACAUCAGGAGUUUAAACUCGAAAGAUUACCAUUUUUGGCUGAAUGCUUGGUGGAGGCAUUGGGUUUUCAAAUUUCACUCUUAAAAAAAUUCUCCAGCGAUACAGAUAUCACUCAAUAUCUUGAUCGAGCAAUAAGCAUCGCUUUAAUUUUGCGAAACUCUGUUCUCUCUGUGGAAAAUGCAAAGCUAAUUGCAAAAACUGAGCUGAUAGUAGGUGUUCUAGAGUCUGCCAUUCGUUGUGCCAAUACCUUUGAAAAUGUGGAACUUCUUCAUUAUUGUCUAGAUAUCUCGGAAACAAUCAGUUCACAUUUGAGUAUCCAAGAUGAAAAAAUUGGUUUGUAUCUACUCCUGUGCAGUUUCCUUAAUUCAUCAGACAACGCGGUACUCAUUGGCACUUUACGAACUCUCGCUCGCCUUGCUUUGAACGAUCGAAACAAUAGACUUCUUCAAGAUUUGGAUGAGAAGGUAGUUAUCAGAAUUAUUUCUUUAACUGAGACAAAUAAUGAAGAGCUCGUGGCAGCAACACUUGACUUCCUAUAUCAAUAUACAACUUAUAGAACAAACACGUCGGGAUUACUAUCGAACCCUGCAGUUUGGAUCCUUGUAAACCAACUAACGAGAUUGAUGAUGUAUCAAGCUCAGGAACGUUUUGUAACGAUCGCUAUUGCAAAUAGCGAAAAAACAGAUGUGCAAAGUCCCAAACCCUUACAAAAAGCAUCAUUUUUGCCCCUUCCACAAUAUGAGCUUCAGCAACUUACUUUACUCCGAGAACCUGAGCGUUCAGUGAAAUGGAUGAGUUGUUGCUUUGAAGCUAGUCCAGAUGAUUAUGUAUUGCAAACCGAUAUCUGGCAAAUGUACUGCUCUGAUAUGGAAAGGGCUCAAGGUCCUGGUCUAAUGGCUAUCAGUCCUGCAGAUUUUAUUAAGGUAUCUAGUCAUGCAUUUUAUAACGCUAGGGCUAUGACAGUGUCAACUCCCUUACUUCCGGUAGAAUACGUUAUCAAUGGAAUUAAGCGAAGAGAACUUCCAGUUUCUACAAUAGGAGAAAAAUUUCAGGUUUGCAGGUGGAAAAAUAAUGAUGGCACUUUAUGCGGAGAUACUGUCAUGGGUACUAAAUUAACGUGGGCACAUAUUCAGGAAUUACAUAUCUUCCCUCAGGUAUUAGAAGAAAUGCGAUGUCGAUGGGGAGAUUGUACUUAUCAAGUACAUACUGAUUUGUCAGGUGGACCAUCAGAAACGUCUCAUCAGCGUUUGUUAAAGCACAUUUUGACUCAUUUAUAUGAUAAUAAUAUUCAAAAUACAAAUUCUGACGGUCGGAAGUUAUUUCCCUCAAGAGAAUUCCGGAUUCCGUUGCUUUUAACUGCUGUGGAUGAGCGUGGUGAUGCGACCGGUAUUGCAUUGACGGCGACUCUAGUUCUUCGUAAUCUUGUUCGAUCAAAGCAAGGAAAAAUGCUGUUUUCAGCCAUCGAAGGACAUGUUCUUGAAGUUAGUACGAUGAAUCCUGCAGUUGCACCGUACGUGAGUGAAAUGCUUCUUGGUCAAAUAUAAGAAAAAAAAAACGAGACUGGGUCAUUGUAAUUUAUAGAAGUAUUUAAUGAAAGUCAACGAAAUGUUGUCGAUUUAAGGUUUAAUUACAUUCAUGUUAACAUAUAAAAGUACUUAUAAUCCUAUAGUAUUUGCCAAGAUUUAUUAACAUUAUUACCAA